AGGAAGAGGGAAACGAAAGCAGAGACCGAGGGGCCCGACGUAUUUAAACACGAUGCUGCUGUUGCCGCACAAUAACGGUGACCGGAGGAGCGCGUCUACAGCCCGCUCACUGAGGAAACACGCGCGGACACGGAGAUCCCCGCAAGUGACCUUUUGAUCCAUUUGACGCCGUUUUCAUUUUUACGCGUGUGCAAAGUCGCUGCAGGAUGAUAAAAGACACUUGAGAGACAUGGAAGUGUCAUCGCGGGUUAUUGCCUCAGGAAAUGAUGACAGUGUCCUCCAUCAUCGCUUAGCUGCUUAGAGCGAAACAGUCUCGUCUUGCGGCCAUUUCCACAGGACUCAACUGCCUUUUAAUUUAACAUACACAAAGCCCAAAGCGGCGUCUUGGAGGCUGUGGGAGCAGGUGCACCGCUCUUGGCUUUAGUCUGCCCGCAGGCAGCUUCACAGGUAGCCGCUGAGCCGGCUGUGGACUCUGAAACCUAAUCUGUAUCCGACUGGACAUCAUAUCUUAGACAUGACAUCCACUAUAGAGAGGAAGACGCUGGAAACAAAUGAGGAACCAGUGGAUGAGGUCCUCCAGAUGCCCCCCUCUCUGCUGACAUGCGGCGGGUGUCAGCAGAGCAUCGGUGACAGAUUCUUCCUAAAGGCCAUCGAGCAGUACUGGCACGAGGACUGCCUGAGCUGCGACCUGUGUGGCUGUCGACUGGGGGAGGUGGGCCGCCGGCUCUACUACAAGCUGGGGAGAAAACUGUGUCGGAGAGACUACCUCAGGCUUUUUGGUCAGGAUGGUCUCUGUGCUUCCUGUGAGAAGAGGAUUCGAGCAUUUGAGAUGACGAUGCGUGUGCGGGACAAGGUUUACCAUCUGGAGUGCUUCAAGUGUGCCGCUUGCCAGAAACACUUCUGCGUGGGCGACCGCUACCUGCUCAUCAACUCAGACAUUGUGUGCGAGCAGGACAUCUUCGAGUGGACCAAACUCAACAAUAACCACAUGGUUUAGCAGAAUCCCCUGCUCAACAAGAUGGAGCGCCACCCUGCCUUUUACCACUGGCUUUAAAGGGAAUGAACUAUUGAUAAACAGACAUUUUGCAGCCUUUGCAGGUUUUAUCGUGCAUCUGGAAUCAUGUGAACAUUGUCUCUCUGCAUUGCUCCCUGCUGAAGACAAAGAAGACUACACCAGCAAUAACAGAAAGCUUUUCAUCCCAGGCUUAAUCCUUCAAUGCAAAAAAUGCUUAAAUACUGGAAAUACUAGAUGCAAUAAGUUGUUACAUACACUGGAAUUUAAGAACUUUAGCAACGAACAAAUAUGAAAUAUUUGUCAAGUUUUUUUUCUAGUUAAACACUGUUUCACCACCUCAGUCUGGUCUGAAGUGUUCAAUGAAAAUGUCUUUACGUUUUAUUUCAUGGAUCUUAAUUUCCUAAGAAUUUUGUGGCAAGAACUAUGUAAUUGGGUAAUAAUUAUUGGGUAACUAGAAUCCUCAUUAAAUAUUCAUUCAGUAUUCAUUUAUUACUGAAAGCUUAAUUCUCCAUUUAUUCUGAAUUAUAUGCUUCACCAAGGACAAAUCUCACAGUUGCAUGUUCAGCUAGCCAGCUGCAUUGACUGUCUCUAUUUUCUUUAUGAAUAGUUUUGCAUUUAUUUCCAGGAAACUUCCCAAGAAUUUAUAAGGAAAUUACAGACCUGUGAAAUAUGGCGUAACCAGAUUUUCAUGUGAUAAAUGGAAUAUAAAGUCCAUACUGAGAAGUCCUGAUCAGACUGAUUGCACUGCUUUGCCAGGUUGAACUGGUGGCGCCCCCUAGUGAUCGAGGAAUCCCAUGCAAUACUAAUUUUACUGACUGUGGAGCUAUUUCCAGUGGUAUCUUUUGUAAUUGUUACACCUCUCUGAAUGUGCAUUCAAGAUUUUUUGGGAAUAUUUACUAUUAAAUAAAAUUUCAAUAUCCAUUGAUAA